AGUGGACAAAGCAUCUACCACACCUGCACUGGACAUACACUCAUACACUGAAGACGACAAUGCAUUAAAAGAGUUGGAUCAUGGCUAUGCUGAACCCUGUGGAUUGGUUCAGAGAGAAUAGGGGCUCUCCACGUCUGGUGCUUGUAGUUGUGUGUGUGGCCCUGUUGCUGGAUAACAUGCUGCUAACAGUUGUAGUUCCCAUCAUCCCAACCUUCCUGUAUGCCUUAGAGCACCAGACACAAGACCGCUUGUCUUUCACCUCGUCUGAGUCUCCCACAUCCUCUGCCCAGCCCACCAACUCCUCCAUCCUCUCUCUAUAUGACAACACCAGCUACACCAUCACAGUCACGAAAAGCAACCUUUCCCUCUCCUCUGCUGCACCCAUCACUGAUGGAGGGUCUGUGGUCAACAAUAGCUCUGCUGAAAAAGAUGAGUGCAAAGAGGACAGUGAGUUUUUGGCAGAAGAAAAUGUGAGGGUGGGGCUGCUGUUUGCCUCCAAAGCCCUGGUGCAGCUUAUGGUCAACCCUUUUGUGGGCCCACUGACUAACAGGAUUGGAUAUCACAUACCAAUGUUUGCUGGGUUUGCCAUCAUGUUUGUCUCCACAAUAAUGUUUGCUUUCUCAGGAACAUACGCCUUGCUGUUUUUUGCCCGCUCAUUGCAGGGGAUUGGAUCUUCCUUUUCCUCUGUGGCAGGUCUGGGAAUGCUAGCAAGUGUGUACACGGAUGACAAUGAGAGAGGAAUUGCUAUGGGAAUAGCAUUAGGAGGACUUGCCAUGGGAGUGCUCAUUGGAGCACCUUUUGGCAGUGUUAUGUAUGAGUUUGUGGGUAAAAGUUCUCCAUUCCUCAUCCUUGCUUUCCUCGCUGUAUUUGAUGGAGCCCUGCAGCUCUGUAUUCUUCAGCCCUCAAAAAAAUGUCCAGGGAGUGUGGAAGGAACUCCGUUGCUCACCCUGCUGAAGGAUCCAUACAUACUCAUUAGUGCAGGGUCGUUGUGCUUUGCAAACAUGGGAGUAGCUAUUUUAGAGCCCACUCUUCCCAUCUGGAUGAUGCAAACAAUGUGCUCACCAAAAUGGCAACUUGGUAUGGCUUUCCUACCAGCCAGUGUGUCUUACCUCAUUGGGACCAAUCUCUUUGGAGUACUGGCCAACAAAAUGGGAAGGUGGUUAUGCUCCAUGAUUGGCAUGCUUAUAGUUGGCGUCAGUCUUCUCUGUGUUCCCUUUGCCAAAGACAUCUAUGGACUCAUUGUUCCUAAUGGAGGGUUGGGAUUUGCUAUUGGAAUGGUUGAUUCUUCGAUGAUGGCUAUAAUGGGUUAUCUUGUGGAUAUCCGACAUGCCUCUGUCUAUGGAAGUGUGUACGCUAUUGCUGAUGUGGCACUAUGCAUGGGGUUUGCUGUUGGUCCAUCUACUGGAGGGGCCAUAGUACAAGCAAUUGGCUUCCCCAAUCUCAUGGUGAUCAUCGGCAUUAUCAACAUCCUGUAUGCGCCCUUUUGCCUCUUCCUCAGAAAUCCUGCUGUUCGGGAGGAGAAGAUGGCUAUUAUUAAUCAAGAAUGUCCAAUGCAUGUGAAGAGCUACAAUACACAACAUGGGUACAGAGAAUUCCCACUGAGUGAUGAUAGUGAAGAGGACACAGAGUGAUAUAAGGACAUUGACGAUUAAUCAUCAAGCCCAACCAGCAGCCCUGCUUCAAAAGUGCAAAAGGUUUAAAAUGAUUACUAUUGCAACUUUCCCAUCCUUAACUGAUCACAUUUUAGUGUACAUGUAUGGUUAGUGGUUUUGGGAAUGUUACGUUUUCUCACAUAUGCUUGCAGAGUGUUGUUUACAUGUCUUAUAUCAUACCAGUGAGUUGUAAUAAAAUA